UUAACCAAUAUUGUUGUGGAAAAAAUGAGGGGUAGUGGUGAACAAAAGGUCAAAGAUAUCAUGAAAGAUCUGAGGAGGCAGUAUUCUGUUGGGGUAUCAUUUCAUACAGCUUGGAGUGCAAAUAAGAGGGCUACUGAAAUAUUAGAUGGUGAUGCAAAGAAACAAUACACUCUACUAUGGAGGUAUGCAGCUGAGUUAAAGAGGGUGUGUAAUGGGAAUAAUCUCAAGCUUAAUGUUGAAAGAACUUUGUUAACCAAUCAACCAAGAUUCAGCAAGUUUUACUUUUGUUUUGAUGGUUGCAAGCAAGGUUUUUUGGCUGGCUGUAGGCCAUUUAUUGGAGUGGAUGGGUGUCACUUGAAAACUAAGUUUGGAGGUAUAUUAUUAGUUGCUGUUGGAAGAGAUGCAAAUGACCAAUAUUUCCCAUUAGCAUUUGGAGUUGUUGAGAAUGAAACCAAAGAGACAUGGAGGUGGUUUUUAACUUUACUGCUUGAAGAUAUUGGAAACAAGAGAUGGGUGUUUAUUUCAGAUCAACAAAAGGGAUUGAUGAGUGUGUUUGAUGAAUGGUCUGAUAGAAUUGAACAUAGAUACUGUCUUAGGCAUCUAUAUGCCAAUUUCAAGAAAAAAUUUGGAGGAGGAACUUUGAUAAGGGAUUUGAUGAUGGGUGCAGCAAAGGCUACAUAUAGACAAGCUUGGGCUGUUAAGAUGGAAGAGCUGAAAAAGGUGGAUGUGAAAGCAUGGGAGUGGGUAAUGGGACAUGAUCCUAAAUUAUGGUGUAAGCAUGCAUUUUCAUAUUAUCCUAAGUGUGAUGUAUUAAUGAAUAACAUUUCAGAGGCAUUUAAUGCUACUAUUUUAUUAGCUAGAGAUAAGCCAAUCCUCACAAUGGCAGAGUGGAUUAGAACAUACCUCAUGAAUAGGAUGUCAAAACUUAGGAAUAAGUUAAGUAACUGGCAAGGUGAUAUCAUGCCUAUGCCAAGGAAAAGAUUGAACACUGAGAUUCAGAAAUCUGGAAACUGGAUAGCAACAUGGGGAAUAGGUGAUGAGUUUGAGGUUGAAAUGGUGGGUGGUGGACAUAGGUUUACUGUAAACACUGCAAAUAGGACAUGUAGUUGUAAUUUUUGGGAGUUGGUAGGUAUACCUUGUAGGAGGUGCUUCCACCAACUUAUAAAAAAGGGCCUGGGAGACCAAAGAAGCUUAGGAGGAGGGAGCCUGGUGAGGCUAAUCAAACACAAGGCAAGUAUAGCAGAGCAAACACAAGCUACAGAUGUACAACUUGUAACAAAUUUGGGCACAAUGCAAGAGGAUGCAAGAGUCAGACAGUUGACCCUGAAGCACAAAAAAGGAAGAGGAAAGCACCAAAAAAAACAAGGCAAGAGCAGAAUGAAGGGCAAUCAGAGCAAAGUUAUGGGCAAACAGAGGGGAGAAGCCAGGUUCAAAGUGAAGUUGUAAGGCAAGGUGAAG